GAAUAGUACAUCCCAUAUUCUACUAAUCAAGCACUACCCCAAUUUUUACAAACCGAAAGUAACAUUAUAAGACUGUUUACUUUUAUCACAGAACCCCUGUGACUUUAAUUUAAUUGAAUGUCAUAAACGAAGAAUUUACCACCAAUAUCUAUCCAGUUUACAGUAUUUAACAAUGUCAGACUUUCCAAGAUUCAUGGAACCAGGUGAUGAAAAAGACAUCAGUGGCCGCAUAACUCCAAGAGAUGGUCCAGUGACAGUAAGAAACCCUCAUCUUGAGCACCUAUCAGAAGAUGUUCUAUAUCAUCUAGAUCUCAGUAACAAAGCCAAUGACCUGCCUGUCAUGUUUUCAGAUGUUAAGUUUGUUUGUUUUGGUGGAUCACCAAAUAGAAUGAAAAAGUUUGCUGAGUUUAUGGUGAAAGAACUGGGUGUAAAGAUUCCAGCAGGUAUGGCACUAACAAACAUCUCACAUGGUUCAGACAGAUAUGUCCUCUACAAGGUUGCAUCUGUACUCUCAGUUAGUCAUGGCAUGGGCAUUCCAUCAUUAUCAAUUGUGUUUCAUGAAGUAUUGAAGUUAUUGCAUUAUGCUAAAUGUACUGAUGUAAAAUUCUUCAGACUAGGCACAAGUGGAGGGCUAGGUAUUGAACCAGGAAGUGUUGUCAUUACUGAAGCAGCUGUAGAUGGACUCUUACGACCAUAUAUGGAAGUUGCAACGUUAGGUAUGGUGCUGCAGCAUCCAGCAUUCCUUGAUAAAAAUCUGUGUGAAGAGCUUCUGGAAAUAGCCAAUCAGGAUAAAGCUUACAAAAGUGUUAUUGGCAAAACAAUGUGCACAUAUGACUUUUAUGAAGGGCAAGGGCGACUGGAUGGUGCAUUCUGUGACUUUACUGCUGAAGAUAAAAUUGCAUUUUUAAAGAGAGUACAUGAUCGUGGAAUACAGAAUAUAGAGAUGGAAUCCCUGUGUUUUGCUGCCAUGGCACACAGGGCAGCUUUGAAAAGUGCAAUAAUCUGCUGUACUGUGGUUGACCGCUUAAAAAGUGACCAGAUAACAGCAAGUCAUGAAACACUUGAAGAAUGGCAAAUGAGACCUCAGAGAGUUGUUGCCAAAUAUAUACGUCAACAGUUGGGACUUGAAUAGAUACAUUAACACGAAUCCUGUAGUUAUAUUUUGUUCUGUUCACCAUGUACAAAAAUCACAUUGUUUAGCCCAUGUCAUCUAGUUAGGUGCUUUGUUUGAAAUAAAGAAGCAAACUGUAUCAAUAUAUAUAUAUUACAGGGGUCUUCAGAUGAAGUACUUUUCAAGCAAUUCCAUUAACUGCAUGCUUUUUAUUACAGUGAAAUGUUUAAGAUAUUGAAUUUGUGUUCAAGCCUUUUAGAAUAGCCAAAAGGUCUUAACUUUUCUGUCUACUUUUCUCUUAAUUUGAUGGUUUUCCGUAAAUAUACAAGAAAAAUGUCCCGACAAAUUUAAUAUCUAUGAUGCUCAUCUGGUAUCAAUAACAAUUUAAUCAUUAUACUUAUAGACACAGCACAUUAUUUAUUCUUCUAUAUGUUAAUAUGUUUUAGCUUUAUUUAUUUGUAGUCACUUCUAUUUUACACUUUUAUAUGCAAGAUUUAUAUAUAAUGUGCAUUUUUUGUCAUACUGGUAUUUUACCUACAGGCAAACAAAGAUAUGUAAAUUUAAGAGAUAUUUUUAUUAGACUUUAUCAACAAAACCAUAUUGUAAGCUCUACAACUGAUGCAAUUUCAUUGAAAUUUUACAGGAAUGAUUGGUAGCUAAAGUACUUGCGCAUACUAAAGGGUUUUCUACUUGAAUGAUUUUUGUCAGAGUUAUGGCCCUUUAAUAAAAAGGUGUUAAUAAAGUUUGUAUGGAAUACUCCUCUUUUACCAAUAAUGUAAUUUUAUUGAAACUUUAAAAGAUUGAUUA